AUGCCAAUGAAUAAAGAUCCUCCUCCGUCACAUCAGGCCGUAGAUCAUGUAUGGAACUCCGAAAUAUGGGAAUUCAAAGAUUGGGAACCAGCUCCAAUAUCAGCCACUCGACAACUAAGCAUCUGGGAGCAAAAAAAUGCCAUCGUAUUUGAUUUAUCAGAACUCAGUCAAACCACACGCAUUGCCCUCACCGCACUCAAUCCAAAAAACAAAGAUGAGAUCUAUUUCGGAAACUCAAAGACAAGCGCACUCAAGGGUAGUCUCAAGCAAGGCUUUAAGAGCGGCCUCAAGAGAGGUGCUAAGCAUGGCUUCAAGACAGAUUUCAUAACUACCUUCAAGAAUAAUCUCAAGCGCAACAAAGAGACCGAUUCGGUUGAUCAUCACUAUUUAGCAUGUAAUCCUAUUGAUUUUCUCAAUGUGCGGAAGGAGAGAUUAAGGGGAGAAAUCAUGGAGGCUUGGGUUCUGGAUGGUAUGAAUCCCAACCCAGUCGAUCGGAUCAGCAGGUCGAAGUUUUGGGCUGUAAAAUAUAUGUUAAAGAUGCGCGUUAUCAAGGGCGCAUCCUGCGAGUAUAGACCCUAG